AUGAGCCGUCCACGCAGUUGGAACUUCAACAUCGAUCACUACCUGAAUCCCUUUGUGCCGUCGCCGCCGUGGAAAUACUUGCCCUACCCUCUGACAUGGUUCCUCGGAUACCGCAAAACGAAGCCGCAGGAGACGGGCAAUUUGGUGGCAGUCUUUUGGGCUUUCAUCGGCGUCUUCGCGUCCCUUGUUCUCAUUCAGGCAGUGUCCACGCGAGUUCCCUCCUUUGAGUCUCAUGGCGCGCCCAUCAUUGUGGGCAGUUUCGGUGCUGCUGCAGUUUUGGAGUUUUACACGAUCGAGGCACCACUCGCCCAGCCUCGGAAUGCCAUCGUUGGCCAGCUCAUCGCCACCGUCAUCGGCAUCGCUGUCGCCAAGCUUUUCCAGCUGAACCAUGAGUUCGAACGCGUCCGAUGGGUUGCCGGUGCGCUUGCUUGCGCAUUGGCAACGGCCCUCAUGGCCCUCACCAAGACAGUUCACCCGCCUGCCGGCGCCACGGCUCUGCUGGCCGUCGUAGACACCACCUUGGUCCGAAUUGGGUGGUUCCUCCUCCCAGUCGUCAUGUUGGGAUGCGCGCUUAUGCUUGGGGUGGCAUUACUGGUCAACAACAUCCAACGACGAUUCCCCAUCUACUGGUGGACCCCCGAUAACCUCGGCAGAACCGAACCCAUCUUGCAGAGGCCGACCUCUGAUGAAGUGAAGGAACACGCAGUGGACCAAGACGACGCCAUGGAAAGCUCUCUCCCACCAGCCGGAUCCUCAGCCAUCGUGGGCACGGCUGGCCAUACGGAUUCCCACCCCGAAUUGCAGGCUCGAGAUUCCGGCCCGAGGUUCAACAGUGGCCUCCAACACCCCCAAGAGGUCGUCGUAAUCAAGCGAGGAGUCGUUCUUGUUCCGGGACACAUGUACCUGACACAAGAAGAAGCCCAGCUUCUAGAAACUAUGAGUCUGCGACUGUAA